CCGCGAAUCACGCUAACCUUACCCUUUUCUCUCCGUUCUCUUUCUCUCUCUCUCUCUCUCUCUCUCUCCCGCGCGGCCCAUACACAGACGACGGCGACACGACUACAUGGUCAUGGGUGACAUGGAAGUGUAGCUGAUAAGCAACAACAAGACUAGGGAAAUAAUAAUUGCGCCAUUAUGACAUUAUCUUUUCCUUUAAGCACUAAUGGUGUUAGUGUGUGUGUGUGUGUGUUGCUGUGGAUGUUGGGUCUCGGAAUUCGCUCCUUGUGUCCUUCCUCUUAGCAGUUUCAUAAAUAACAUUUCUUCUUCUUCUUACUGUGUGUGUUGUGUGUGUGUGUGUGUGUGUGUGUGUGUGUGUGUGUGUGUGUGUGUGUGUGUGUGCAAAAGGGCAACUGGUGGCUCUCGGCUUCAACCCCUGAACGCGCAGCUCUUGUUUAUUUUACUUUUUUUUUUUUACCCACCCACACACACUUCUCUGCCCCCCUUUGCCCCACACACACACACACUCAUACACACACAUACUUGCUAAUAAGUAAACUAUUGAUGUCUGCGUGAUGAAAGCAAAAUACAGAAAGGAUCCCACGCCCACAACUAUCCAUGCGAUCGCUUUCCGCUCUCUCCCCCCCCCC